UCUCUUCUGCCAUUUUCUCCGUACACGCUUCCCAUUUCUGACAAAAAAAAACUUCUUUUUUUUUCCGGCGAUGGCUACGUCGGCGUCGGAGACGGAACAGUUGACUUCCGGUGCGAGCAAUCGGAUAAUCCCGAUCUUGAUGACGCUGAAGAGGUCAUUAAUCUUCGUUCUCUCAAUCGUCCUCUCUCUCCUCCUCCUCCUGCAGCCACGUCGCCGCGUCUCGCCGCCACCGGCGAGCAGCUCCGAUGAGACUCAGUCACCGGUGGCGAAGCGAAGGAUGAGGAAGAUGGCGUGGAAGCUAGAGGAGGAGGACACGAUGCGGCGGCGGUCUUUGGCUGAGACCGUCGAAAUGGGUUUUGUCGCAGGAGACGGCGAAGUCCCUUGCCGGUGGAGCACUUCGUUGUUCUUCGGUCACCGGAGUAACGCUCUCUUUUUCCGGUCGUGGUUACCGAUUUCCGGCGAGCUCAAGGGAAUUAUGAUCAUCAUCCAUGGGCUUAACGAACACAGUGGAAGAUACAAUCAGUUCGCUAAGCAGCUAACUUCAUGCAACUUCGGUGUAUACGCUAUGGACUGGGUUGGUCAUGGUGGGAGUGAUGGAUUACACGGGUAUGUUCCGUCUCUUGAUUAUGUUGUUGCAGACACGGAGGCAUUCUUGGAAAAGAUCAGAUCAGAUCACCCGGGCGUCCCUUGUUUCCUCUUUGGUCACUCAACCGGUGGAGCAGUCGUCUUGAAGGCGGCUUCGCAUCCCCGAGUAGAAGAAAUGUUGGCUGGUAUUGUACUAACCUCACCAGCACUCCGUGUCAAGCCCUCGCAUCCUAUUGUCGCGGCCGUAGCUCCAAUCUUCUCGUUACUUGCCCCGAGGUUCCAAUUCAAAGGAGCAAACAAAAGGGGCAUCCCGGUCUCGAGAGACCCUGAGGCGCUUUUAGCCAAGUACUCUGACCCAUUGGUCUACACCGGUCCGAUCAGGGUUCGAACUGGGCACGAGAUCCUCCGGAUAUCGUCUUACUUGACCCGGAACUUCAAAUCCGUAAACGUUCCCUUCUUCGUCCUCCACGGGACAGCGGACAAGGUCACUGACCCUCUGGCCUCCCAAGACCUGUACAAUGAGGCAGCCUCGGAAUUCAAGGACAUCAAACUGUACGAGGGCUUCUUACACGACCUUCUCUUUGAACCCGAGCGUGAAGAAGUCGGUACGGACAUCAUCGAGUGGAUGGUGAAACGGUUAGAUGGAUCAAACGUUUGCCUCUGGUAAGAUCACGUCGGAAGAUCUUUGUUCAUUUAUUUCUAGGCGUCGAUUUCAGCAAGUGUAUGUUGUGCGCCUAAGGCCCAAUGGGCCAUUCAAAGGUUAUAUCUACAAAGCCCAUGUAGCCCAUUAGGCCUUUUUUUUUAAUCUCUGAAUUGGUUUGUCAGAGGAAUCGUAUACGACUCUCUUUUUACAAGCAAUUAUUAGUUUUUUUAAAAAUAUUUUUUAAAUGAGAAUGUUAAUUA